AUGGCCGUGGACGAUUUCACGCCCUUCCCGGAAGACCAGGACGAUGAUGAUCCACCGCCGGCGUACAGCAACAUUGGGCCUGGGCCCGUGCCAUUCCGCGACUGUGUGAACGAGGACGCCGGGCACUCCAGAGCGACAACCCACGGUCACAGUCAGGGUCAUAAUCAAAAUCAGAAUCACCAGAAUCACCAGAAUCACCAGAACCGAACAGUCGUCCGUGAUACGCAACGACGGCAGUCUUUCGGCAUCGGCGGCGCAGGCAAUAUUCGCAUGAUUUCAAAAGAAUCGGGCGUUGCUGUCGUUCCAGACGCACCACUACUCCUGCAAACAUCGCCAGCAGUGGAGCCGACGGCAUUCCAUGAGCCCGGUCCACACACUCACAAAAGAGACCAAAGGCGUGCCAGUGCUUCGGGGGCAAACGAUCUGCGUGACAGGCUGGUGGACGGUGUUAAAUCGAUCUUGUCAAAAAUGUCGGACACUCUUUGA